AGGCAAGAGGGAACGAAUACAAUAAAAUUCACAAUACAAUUUCAUAAAUAUUCCUUAUUGCGUUUAUAACAAAAUUAAUCAGCAAAAAAAUGUUCAAAAAAGUUGCUGUUGGUAUAUCUGGAGGAGUCGAUAGUGCAGUUGCGGCACUUUUAUUAAAACGUUUAGGAUACCACGUGGAAGGGGUGUUUAUGAGAAAUUGGGAUCAUAAUUAUGAAGCAGGUUUUUGUUCAGACGAAAAAGACUUCGAAGAUGCUUCAUUUGUUUGCCGUAAGCUCGAUAUUCCUUUACAUAAAGUGUAUUUCAUCAAAGAGUAUUGGAAUGAGGUGUUCACGGUAUUGCUAAAGGAAUAUGAAACAGGCUUAACACCAAACCCAGAUAUAUUGUGCAACCGAUAUAUUAAAUUUGAUAGCUUUUUUGAACAUUGCAGGAACAAUUUAGAAAUUGAUGCUAUAGCUACUGGUCAUUAUGCAAACACUUCAUUUGGACCUUAUUUAGAAUUUUACAAGGAAAAUGAAGGUGUACGACUAUUACAGCCUAGAGACAAACAUAAGGACCAAACUUUCUUUUUAUCUCAAGUGAAGCAAUAUGCGUUAAGAAAGUGUAUGUUCCCAUUAGCAAACUUAUUGAAAACAACUGUCAGGGAUAUAGCUAGAGAUGAAGGUUUAAUUCAAGUUGCUAACAAGAGGGACAGCACUGGAAUAUGUUUCAUAGGAAAGCGAAGAUUUCAAGAUUUUAUUGAAGAUUAUAUUGAAACAAAAAAGGGUCUUUUUAUAGAUUUUGAUACAGGACAACCUGUGGGAGAGCAUAGUGGAAUACAUAAGUGGACAGUCGGACAAAAGUGCUGUUUGGCUAAUUAUAAACAUUCAUAUUUUGUAUUCAAGAAAGAUUUAAAUACAAACAAUAUUUAUGUGGUGGCUGGAACUGAACAUUCAGCACUAUGGAAUAAUUUAUGUUUUACAACAGAGCCUCAUUGGAUACACAGUGAACCUGAAGAGUUACAGCACAACAGUGUAUUACACUGUUAUUUCAGAUUUCAACAUACUAAGCCCUUAGUAAAAUGCAGAACAACUAAAAAUUCUGAAGGAUUGACCAUUUUUUUGGAUAAACGUCUAAGAGCGCUUACAGAAGGACAAUUUGGCGUUCUCUAUAAAAAUGAUGAAUGCCUGGGGAGCGCAAAAAUUAAAAAUGUUUGUCAUAAUAUUAUAUACUAA